GCUCGGUGUACGAGUGUGAGCCAUAGUGACCGCACCUGCUUCCGCCAUCACCUUCUGUACUAUGGCUCGAAAUCGCCGAGCACGUGAGAGAACUCCGGUUGGGGAAGAUGAGCCGAUACCUAGGGGGUUUGCUGAUUCUUUUGGACAGUUCUUUCGGCAGAUUGCCGCAGCACUCCCCGGGUCACGUACUGACUAUACUGUGGAGCGUGCUAAGAGGCACGGGGCUCAGACUUUUGCUUCUGCCGCCUCACCUGUUGAGGCUCAGCGGUGGAUUGACAGGAUGGAGAGAGUUUUCUCCCAAAUGGAUCUUCCAGAGGAUAGGAAAGUGGAUUUGGCAGUACAGUUUCUUGAGGAUACCGCCUGGCAUUGGUGGAUUGAUGUUACGAAUGACCCUGCAAAUGUUGGCCCCAUGACAUGGGAUAUGUUCAAGACCCAUUUCUAUGGACGGUACUUUAGUGAUGCCCACCUUAAUCGGAUGCAAGACCAGUUCUUGAGCUUAGUGAAGAGAGAUGAUCAGUCAGUGUUGGAGUUUGAGCAGGAGUUUCUCUCCUUAGCCCACCAUGUGCCGGAUUUGGUUCGCACCGAGCAAAGCAAGAUUCGUAGAUUUGUUUUGGGACUUGGAGGCAAGUUUAAGGACAAGAUGUUAGGCACACCGUAUCGGAGCUUUGCUGAGGCAGUAUCUUAUGCCAUGGACAUUGAGUCAGACUCACCUGCUGGAUUUCACCCUAGGGAUCCUGGUGGCCCUAGCCAGGGUCCAUCUAAGAGGGCUACUUCCACAUCUGGUUCUGGUUCUUCAGUUGGUAGUGGAAAGAGCAGUGGUUCCAGUUCGAGAACCCGUACUAGAUUCAGGGCACGUGACAGGAGAUUCUCUCGGGGUCAGUCUAGUGGACGACAGUUUGGACAGUUUGAGAGGUCCAGGAGUUAUCAUGGUGGUUCGAGUGGGGCUUCUGCUAGCCAGCCAGCCCAGUAUGGGCAGUAUCAGACAGCUGGAUGUUUUAUUUGUGGUCAGCAGGAUCACUUCAGGAGGGACUGUCCCCUUGCGACUCAGGGAGCUAGAUCUACCCCCACUCAGACUGUUGGUCAGUCCUCUGCUGGUGGUUCUACUAGCAGCGCCCGCACUAGCUCGGUAGGCCGAGCUAGUUCUCAGCAGGGCAGGGCUCAGCGAGGUCGUCCUGUGACACAUGCUAGACUGCACGCCAUGACCCAGCAGGAGGGCCGUGAUUCACCCAAAGUUAUCGUUGGUACGUUAUUUAUCUUUCAUCAACCUGCUUUAACCUUAAUUGAUCCUGGUGCGACGCACUCUUUUAUGUCCAGUAGAUUCACAUGUUUUGCAAAUGUGCCAUCAUCACUCCUUAUUGGUGAGUGGUAUGUUUCUUUACCUGCGGGAAGGGCACUUAAGAUAGAGUGGGUUUUUAAUGGUUGUGGUGUAAUGGUUGACGGUUUUUGCCUAGAGGCCAACCUAAUUCCUCUAGACCUUGUGGAGUUUGAUGUAAUUCUGGGGAUGGACUUUUUGGAGACACAUGGUGCAUUGGUUGAUUGUUUCCGUAAAGAAGUAGUGUUUCGAAGUCCAGGAAAACCGGAAAUCACCUUCCGUGGUGAGAGAAACAUUCUCUCCUCUUGCCUGAUUUCGGCCAUUACGGCUGAAAAGCUUAUGAAUAAAGGUUGUCAGGCUUAUUUAGCACACAUUGUGGAUACAAAGAGGACGGUUAACUCGUGCCCCAGUUUUAGUAUUGCCUGA